CUUACGACAGCAUCGACGACGACGACGAAUCCAGUAUUCCUCUCUCUUUUCCAUGAUUUUUGUUACUGGGAUUUGAUGUUCCGGAGGGACAAGGAGCUGCUUGGAUCAUCCUAGCGAACGAGAAGAUGGCUUGUAUGCCGAAGGGCACCGCGACGGCGAGAGAGAGGGAGCUCUACAGAUAUUAUAACCCAGCGUUGAUGCCAUGUCCCAAUUCAAACGACAACGAGAAAACAGCCAAGAAAGCAUCCUGCGAUCCAUGUCUCACUGCCUUCGCACAACUCGGUGCUUUACGAUUGAAUGCUCGACGAGGUCUCAUCACGCUCUCGACGCGCGACACUGAAUUUAUACUCGCAGAAUCUGGGCAGAAACUCUCGUUGCAACAAGAUGACGACGAGGACGAUAAGCUGUGGCAUGGAGUGGGGCUGAUACAAAACGAUGUUGGGAUGGCACCAGAAAUCACAAAGCUAUUCAUGGAGAAAGAUCCACCGUCCCAUGUGCUGGUUGGAGAUUUGAGUAAGCAUGAGAGAUUCAAGGACAAGAAGGGUGUGGUGUGCGAACCGCAUCUUAGAGCUAUGGCAUGUGUGCCGUUGAAGACGCCGCUGCAUGGGAUUGUGAUUGGGACGUAUAUCGUGGUGGAUGAUAAAAUUAGGGGACCAUUGCCCGAGGAGGAUUUGCAUUUCUUGACCGACAUGGCGAUCACGGUUAUGGAUUAUCUUGAAGCUGGACGAGUUAAGAGGCAACAAUACCGUGCUGAGAGAAUGGUCAAAGCGAUUGGAUUGUUUAUCGAAGGGAAGACAACCUUGAGGGAAUGGUGGUUGGAAGCAGGACACAGAUACCAGCAUUCGAGCAAGAAACGGGACAAGGAUUCGAAACAUCUCGAGAAAUUAGCAGAUAAGGAAUUUGGUGUUCAAGAGGGGACAGACUAUUUCUCGAGGAAUAGUUUGCAUGGACUAGGGCAUGCUCUGGAGUCUCAACCACAAUCCCCAGCUUCUUCGGCGCCGACAUCAACAGCUCCUUCAGUUUCCGGAAGAGGAGAUGGAAGGCCGGCGAUUCCAAGAGGUGAUACAUUGCUCUCGGCUUCUGACACAACAGUCACAUCUCCACAUCAAGUGCAUUACGAUGGAAGGCCUUCUAUCCCUCGUGGAGAUACUCAUUCAUCUGAUUCAACGCUGGUCUCGAAAUCAUGGCAAGAGAGGAACAGUUCAGUCACUACCUUUGAUACGAUAGAUCAUACACCUGAUCCGGAGAAACACCACCAGCAUCACAGCUCAGUCUCAUUCGACCUACCUCCUGAGAAUCCCGUUGGACAAGAGGUUUCGAAGGAGCUACAGAAUGCCAUUCUCACAUCCGAUGUGCGAGGCGUGUUCGCAAGAGCAAGCAACCUCAUCAGAGAAGCAAUUGGAGUUGAAGGAGUGAUCUAUUUCGACGCAAGCGUAGGGUCUUUCGGUGGAAGUUCAGACAAGAACGUUAUGGAAGAGAAGGCUCCGGGCGCUUUUCAUCCCGAUCAAGCUAUCACGACCAGUGAAGAUGAUCUGGCUAGACGCUCGUCGGACACUGAUGCCAUGGAUCCACCAAAGAUGGAAGGCCUCACGCCACAGAAUCCCAAUGGAGCUGAGAAAUACUGCAACAUUCUUGGGUUUAGUACUCGGAAACGAUCAAGCUUACGAGGACAUCAAGCGAACGAAGAACACCAAAGAAUGCCAGAGGGCAUUCUGAGAAAAUUGCUUAAAAGAUAUCCUCAUGGGAAAGUUUUCAAUUUCGACGAAGAGGGUUCGUUCUCAGCUAGCGAGUCUGAUCAAAAUCCGUCAAGUACUCUGCGUGAUGCACAAAUGGAUGCCGGAACUGGUAAGCCAGUCUCAGAGAAUGUGAGGCGACGGAAUCGGACAUCCAGAGAACAAGAAGCUGCUGCUAUACUCAGCGUUCUUCCAGGUGCACGAAGUGUAUUUUGGUUUCCGCUCUGGGAUCAGAAUCGUGAGCGGUGGUUCUCUGGCUCUUUGGUCUGGUCUACUUGUCCUACCCGAACCCUGUGCCCAGUUGAGGAUAUUACAUAUCUCGCUGCAUUCGGAAACAGCACGAUGGCCGAGAUCUCUAGACUUUCAGCACAGGUUUUGUCAAAGAUGAAGACGGAUUUCAUUUCCAGUAUUUCCCACGAACUUCGCUCUCCUCUGCAUGGUGUUUUGGCUAGUGUCGAAUUCUUGCAAGAGACGCAGAUGACCGAGAUUCAAGCAGAUAUGGUUAGCAAUAUCCACGCUUCUGGAAAAGUGUUACUGGAUACCAUCAAUCAUGUCCUCGACUUCUCCAAAGUCAAUCGAAAGUCUAAGAACAAGCGUCGCCUGCCCAAGAAACGAAAGCAAAAACUCGGACGAAGAGAAAGUGUCGACGAUGGCGGAGAAGAGAAAGCAGAUAUUUGUAUCCUGUCGGAAGAAGUUAUUGAAAGCAUCUACGCUGGACAAUCAGUUUCUAAGAAAGCUCUUGGUUUGGCUGGACAUCGUCGCCAUGCUUCACUCGGGAAUGGAGAGCAACAUGUCAUAGUCAUUGUCGAUAUCCAUUGGCGUCCUAACUGGACCUUUGAGAUCGAUGCCGGAGCCUGGAGGAGAGUUCUGAUGAACCUUUUCAGUAAUGCGAUGAAAUAUACGAAAUCAGGAUUUGUCAAGAUCUCUCUGGAAAUGGAAGAGGAUGUGGCAAGUCAGAAGUCGAAAAGUCGUCAGAAUUUGAUACUCAAAGUUAAGGACAAUGGGAAGGGUAUCAGUCAAGAAUUUUUGAAGCAUCAGCUUUAUAAACCUUUCACCCAAGAAGACUCCUUGGCUACAGGAGCAGGUCUUGGUUUGAGUAUCGUCAAAGCGAUCGUUCAAGACCUUGGUGGGAGGAUUGAUUUCCAGUCUGAGCCUGGAACCGGUACUGAAGCUACCGUCCGAAUGCCUCUUACAGAAAGACUCCCGAAAGCGGAUAGUAUGAAGCUCAUUGGAGAUGUGAAACACUUGGUCAAAGGACUAAAGUUCAACCUCCAAUGCUUCGACAUGUUUCCCGACAUUGCAGAAACUCCUACGGGUAUCCUCAGUUCUGAAGCCGAAGCUGCGAUGCUGUUGAAAUCUACACUCCAAAGCACGUUCACGUCUUGGUUUGAGAUGGAACAGGUUGGAUCUUGUCUGCCUGGUGCUCAAACUGCUGAUGUUUGCGUUAUUAUGGAGGCGGGAAUGGGAGACAGGAGUUUGGAUGAUAUGCUGGAGCAAUAUCAUACAAAUCAUCCAGAGAUUAAGGAAGGGGAGAAACUGGUGGCAGUGGUAUUGACUAGUAGUUAUCACUCAGGGCCCAAGGUGGAUGCUCAUCAGAGGUUCAAGAUCUUUUAUCUACAACAACCAUACGGACCGCAUAAGAUUGCCAAGGUUCUCCAUCAGGCCUACUCACCGGAGGGCCAUCUGUAUAUCGAUGACAACCAAAGCGAGGUGACGAGCCCGCUAUCACCUCUUUUGGAUACAGCAUCACCCUUGCUGCAGAUGAACGGUUCUCCAAGUUCGGAUUUGAAGGACUUCGCAUCUAUCACCUCACCACCACCUAUACCUACGCCAAUAGAAUCUCAAACUCCAAUACCAGCAACACCAACCGUCACUCCUCCGGCACCCAACUUCCCUACCUCCGAACCCAAUCCUACCCAUGACUCGGACACUGAACCCGUCAAAAUAACAACAGAUCCUCCCGCACCAGCUCCUAGUCCCACAAUCCAACUCACUCUCGGCACUGCGCCACCAAAACCAGAAGGCUUGAGAGUCUUGUUAGUAGAGGACAAUGAGAUCAACCUGAAGCUGUUGAUUGCAACGAUGCGGAAGUUAAAGUUAGAUCAUGCCACAGCUACGAAUGGGUUGGAAGCUUUCAACGCAUACAGAGAGUGCGGGGGAAAUUUCGAUGUUGUCUUUAUGGAUAUCUCAAUGCCCAUAAUGUCCGGUAUAGAAUCCACCCAACACAUCCGUCGCUACGAAAAAGAACACAACCUGCCUCCCGUAUCACUGAUUGCGUUGACGGGAGCAGCGAAUCCUAAUACGAGACAAGAAGCGUUCAGUUCCGGUGUUGAUCUGUUUUUGACGAAGCCGGUGCCGAUGAAGGCGUUGAGGAGUAUGUUGGAUGAUUUGAAGAGAGAGGGACGGGGAGCUUUUGCUGGUUGAUAGGGGUUAAGGGAGGGGAUACGAGAUGAAAGUCGGUUCCAGGAGGAGAGGGUCACAAGUGGACCGACAUUGACAUGAGAAUGGACUUCAGGUCCAGGAGGGGUA